AUGCAUGAGCCGACGCUAAUCGGUGGCAGCCAAGUGCUGGUGACACUCGGCCUGGCGGCGCUCAUCGCGCACAAGCGGUGGGGCAGGGGCGUGUAUGUGCGGCACCGGGAGCUGAUCGGAGUGGCGGCCUGCCUCCAGCUGCAGUGCACCUCGCAGCUCCUGGCCGUGCACGGUGGCAGCAACGUGCUGGCGCAGCACAGGGGCAGCGAGCUGGCGCUGCUGGUGCUCAUGACCCUGCACAGCACUGUCUUCUGGGUCUCCAUCUACGCCCUUCGCGGCAGGCUGGCCUUUGGCGUCAACCAGCUGGCGCUGCCGCUGCUCACCCUCCCCUCGCUCCUCGCCGUCGAUGGCAUGUGCGGGCGCGUGCUGGAGGCGCCCGGCGUGAAGGCGCCACUGGCCAGGCUGCACGACGCGCUGGCGCUGGCGCACAGCGCAAUCAUGCCAGCGCCCAACACGCUGCUGCACGCGUGGCGGGCCGCCCAGCCCAGGCAGCAGUGCCUGGUCGUGCACGCCUGGAUGUCGCUGGUGUGCGGCUGGGCGCUGCCACUGGUGGUGCUGGGCUGCCUGGAGCGGAGGGCCAUGGAGCGGUGGGUGGAGGAGCAGCCCGACUGGCAGGAGGAGCGGGAAGAGGAGCAGCAGGAUGGGGACGACUGCGGCAAGCCACGAGAGCGGCGACCGCCGCCGGCACACCCGUUGCCUCUGUACCCGCUGCCGCUGGCUGGCCCCGUCAUGCUCUACCUCUGCAGCUGCUUGGCCUGGGCUGGCGCAAACGCCCUGGAGGCCGCCUGGUGA